AUGGGUCUUGGAGUCCUGGAAGACAAGCACCUGGCGCAGGUUCCAGGCAAGUGGAAGACCUUCCCCGAAAGCCAAGAUAACCAUCUGACAGCAACAGGCACCUGUGACAUCUACGAGUCCAACAACCAGCCCACUCGAGACCUCAAAUGCGACGCAUCAGGCCCGCAGCCUACAAUCCUCGUGCCGCAACCGAGCGACGACCCCAAUGACCCAUUAAACUGGCCAUUAUGGCGUCGCGACCUCAUUCUCGCCAUUCUAUCUUUCGUGACCGUCCUCUGCACCACCCUCACUUCCAUAUUGGCCGCGAACACCGUCACCAUCGCUGAUUACGAGGAAAUCACGUUCACCGCCGCGGCAUUGCUGACCGGGUAUCACCUGUGUGGUGUUGGUGUUGCGGGCAUUCUGAUCGUGCCCACGGCUCGAGUCUGGGGCAAACGGCAUCUGUUCCUGCUCGGUCAUGUGCUCAUGAUCGCCAGCUGUGCCUGGGCGGGGGCGAGCGGCAAGAACACGAAUAGUCUGAUAUGGGCACGAGUCUUCCAGGGUGUUGCGCUGGCACCGUUCGAAGCGCUAGUGAAUGCCUGUGUGGGAGAUCUUUACUUCGUUCAUGAACGAGGUAAACGCAUGGCCAUAUCAAACGUUGCGCUAUUCGGAGCAGCUUUCUUGACUCCGGUGGUGGUGGGGAAGAUCACCAAAACGAUGGGCUGGCAGUGGUCGUUUUACUUUGUCGCGAUUUUCCUGGGGGCUUCGCUUCCGCUCAUGUUCUUUUUUGUGCCAGAAACCGCAUUCCGGCGUGCUGAGUAUCUCAAUACGGACUUUAGACGCACCUGCAGUGACGGGCAGGGCGAGUCGAGCGAGUCUCAUACAUCGCUUGGUGUUGUCGAUGAGACGAAGGAGUUAAGACCGGGCUCUAAUACCGCUGAGACGGCGAUGCCGAUACCAGAGAAGGAUUCCUUUGUGAAGUCGCUUCGGCUGUUCAAUGGACGAAAGACGGAUGAGAGCUUCUUCAAGCUGCUCCUUCGGCCAUUCCCGCUGUUCUUCCACCCGGGCAUUCUUUGGGCAUGCCUCAUUCAGGGCAUUGUGAUCGGCUGGGCCGUCUUCUUCGGCGUGGUCCUGGCAAUCGUCUUUCUCGGGCCGCCACUGUGGUUCGAGGAAGACAAGACCGGAUACCUGUACACGGGUGCCUUCAUCGGCUCCAUUGUGGGUCUCAUUCUGUCCGGGUUACUUUCCGACUCCAUGAACAAGGUGAUGAUUCGACUCAACCACGGCAAGUAUGAGCCCGAGUUCCGGAUUUUGCUCGUGAUCUUCCAGCUUCUGUUCUGUGGCAUUGGCCUCUACGGGUUUGGUUGGACUGCUAACGACGUGACGCGCUAUGGCUGGUUGCUGCCCGAUGUCUUUUUCGCAUUCUUGAUUGUCGGCAUGGUGAUGGGGGCCGUUGCUGCCUCGCUCUACAUCGUCGAUGCCCAUCGCGAGAUGGCCGUCGAGGCCUUUACCUGCAUGCUCGUUUUUAAGAACAUGUUUAGCUUUGUCCUGACGUUCUAUGCGUACGACUGGUUCUCCCACGGGGGCAUUAAGCAUACCAUGGUUAUCCUUGGUAGUAUCCAAGUGGGGAUCUGCCUGUUAAGUAUCCCCAUGUACAUCUUCGGGAAAUGGAACCGGUCGUUUUUCGCGCGUCAUGACAUCCUCGAGAUGCUCCAUCUCCGCUAA